CUGAAAGGUUUCUUGCGAGGCUGGAAGCAUUGUUGUGCCCCUAAUCCCCAAACUUACGAAAACAUCACAAUGGCGCAGAGUCAGACGAUUGUGCCACUAUGCUCCUCCUGCCGUGGGCUCACUUUUGCUAUGCUGCGCGACGGAUACACACAUCAUAUGCCAUUUAGGCAAACGGUGAUAUCUGGGAAGACAUGCAGAAUGUGCAGACUGAUUGUCUGCUCAGUUGCAAAACUCCAUAUUGAAGAUCAUAGUUACGGUCUGGACGCCAAGUACGAGUCUGAAGCCGAAAAGCUCUCCUACCUACCAGCUGUUCAUCGCGAAAAAUACGCGUUUGGUUUUCCCAUCAUGGAAAGAAUGCAGACCCUCUCAGAUAUAGUAUGGGACAGGUCGCAGCAUGGAGCAGAGUCGGAGCAUUGCUACCAAGUCCGAAAGGGGAACUUUAACCAGGGAGAAACAGUACAGGUUACUGCUCCUUCGACUUCUAUCUACUAUACCAGGAAAUUAAUUCCUGUUAGGGACAUUGAACCGGGAGCCACUCCUGAUAAUGUCGCCCUUCUGAAGAACUGGCUGAAUGCAUGCAUAUCGGGGCAUCCCAGAUGCCAUCGCCUGUUUUCAGAGGGUUUUAACGAAGCCGUCAACGACAAACCAAUCCUUCCGACUCGGGUGAUAGACGUCGGCUCUCCGACAGCCGCAGGAACACACCCUCGAUUGCUAACCACACUGGGGAUGAAGAGCAAUUACAUUACUCUUAGUCAUAGAUGGGGACUAAAGCCGCGACUCAAGACAAUGCGCGCCAACAUUGAACGUUUCCAGAGGAGAAUUCCACUGGAAGAAGCGCCGGCAACAUUUAAGGACGCCAUAGAGGUUGUUCGGCAACUCGGGUUUCAGUACCUGUGGAUAGAUUCGCUAUGUAUAGUCCAGGAUAACCCUCUGGAUUGGGAUGAAGAAUCGCGGAGAAUGGGCGACAUAUUCGAGUCAUCUACCUGUACCAUUGCUGCAGUGGAUUCAUUGGAUGACGAUGAUACUGAUAACGGCCUCUUUCUCAGCAGAAACCCGGAUCCGUUGGCUGUCGAGUUCUGUCUCCCAUAUCACAAGGAACCUCUCAUAGAAUUGUCUCGAAGAUUAUUUCCAAACGAGAGACAAGUGUUUGUUUGGAAGUAUUACUGGCUUAAACGGCGAAGUUCCGAUCUAUGCAAAGAAAAUCCCGACUUAUAUAAGGUUGCCGUCCGCCCACGUAUACGAUCCCUUUGGAAGUCAAUCCCUGAGACUACAUGGCACAACCGAGGCUGGGUUCUUCAAGAAAGAACCCUUUCACGGAGAAUGAUAUACUACACAAAAGCCAAGCUCUAUUGGAGUUGUUUCGAAACGACGGGUGACGAGCAACAGGUGGAGCCGACCGCCCCUGUACGGAUAUCUUGGCGUUCGAUCAAUCCAGAGCGUCUAGGUUCUUUCUGGCAAGAUUUGCUCUCAGAUUACAGUCGAUGUAGCCUCUCAAAGCCUAAGGAUCGUUUGGCUGCCAUCGAAGGCAUUCGCUGCAAGCUUGAGACCCGCCUCUCAUCGAACAUCCAUGCGGGAGUUCUUGACGAUGGCGCUGGUCUAAACCUACUUUGGUAUACAAAUAAAGUUCCGCUGUCAAGAUUUGACGAUUUCCAUGCCCCAUCGUGGACCUGGGCAUCUCUUCGUGGGAGCGUCGCUUUCUCGCUGAAGCCACCUCGCUAUGGGCUCGCUACAUGCAUAAUCCGGGAUAUCAGCUACGAAAUUAGAGAGCAAUGUACCUCGAACCGUCCUAAGGCAGAAUGUGCCGGUACAUGUCUAUCUGGCCAAGUCUCGUUCACUUCUCCCUUAGGAGUGCUGCGUCGAACCCGAAAGUUCGUUGAGGUUCGAGAUGAAAUUAAUUGUCACAACUCGACGAAUCGGCAAUGGCUACCGACUGUGCUUGGCAGUGCCGCUGUACGACCUCCAGCAAUCAUACAGAGACUGGAUCAGAAUGGAAAUAUAAUACCAAGAAGUCAAGAAUCCUUUGUACCUAAUCACACAGAACUUCUUAGCGACGAAUACCGACAGGUUCUGGGCUUCAUGAUCCCAGAUGAAGACAUCGUAGAUGGUCCUGAUACGUCUAUAUACUGUGCAGGGAUAAGAGCAUGGCUACCGAGUGAACAUCAAAACGGUGGAUUAGGCACGACGAAUCCAACUGGGAUGACCGAGAUUGACAUAUUGUGCCUUGAGAAGAUAGGAUCUGCUACGCCGCUAUAUCGGCAAGUGGGCCUUGGUAGAAUCAUCUGCAAUGACUGGCUGGACACAUGCAAACAAGCGGCAAUAAGGAUCGUCUAAGCAUCGUUUCGUUUGACAAAUCGAUUACCCUGCUUUACAGACUCGACAAACAUAACAAAAGCUACCAAAUUCAUUAUUCGUUGCAUAGACAUGACUAUAUGGCUCCUAGAGGCAGGAAUCAAGAGACGCAAGGAAAAGGUA